AUGGCGAAUCUUGUCUUUGCGCAUUCCGAUGCGCCUCUCAAGACGGUGGAGGAGAUCCAGUUCGGUCUCCUCUCGCCCGAGGAGAUCAAGAACAUGAGUGUUGCGCACAUCAUGUACCCGGAGACUAUGGACGAGACACGAACCAAGCCCCGCCAGAACGGUCUCAACGAUCCCCGCCUGGGAUCUGUCGACCGCGGCUUCAAGUGCGCGACGUGCCUCGAGACUAUAGCAGAGUGUCCUGGUCAUUUCGGUCACAUUGAGUUGGCCAAGCCCGUCUAUCAUCCUGGAUUCAUCAAGAAGGUCAAAAAGAUCCUCGAGAUGGUCUGCCACAACUGCAGCAAAGUCUUGGACGAUAGAAGCUCGCCUGAUUUCCUCGCUGCUGUCUCGAGCAGAGACCCAAAGACCCGCUUCCAGCGGGUUUGGGAGUGCUGCAAGGGCAAGAACAUUUGCAGCAACGAGACACCGAAAGAGGAUGACCAUGAGUACGAGCCUGGCAACAAGCCCAAGCAUGCUGGACAUGGCGGCUGCGGCAACUCCCAGCCUCAGGUGCGGCAUAGUGCGCUGCAGCUGUGGGCUCACUACACUGUUCAGAACGACGAGGGCGCCAAAUCGAAAGACAAGCGAGCCAUUACACCCGAGAUGGCUCUCAAUAUCCUUAAGCACAUCUCCGACGAUGACUUGCGCGAUAUGGGUCUUAACAAGGAUUACUCGCGCCCUGAGUGGAUGAUUCUCACCGUCCUGCCGGUCCCUCCUCCUCCUGUUCGCCCCAGUGUCUCCAUGGACGGUACUGGGCAGGGCUUGCGGAACGAAGACGAUCUGACAUACAAGCUCGGUGAUAUCAUUCGCGCGAACGGCAACGUCAAGCAAGCCAUUCAAGAGGGUUCACCGGCGCACAUCGCUUCUGAGUUUGAGCAGCUGCUGCAGUACCACGUUGCCACGCUCAUGGACAACGAUAUUGCUGGUCAGCCUCAAGCUCUGCAAAAGAGUGGCCGUCCUGUAAAGUCUAUCCGUGCGCGUCUCAAGGGCAAGGAGGGCCGUCUGCGUGGUAACUUGAUGGGAAAGCGUGUCGAUUUCUCUGCACGAACCGUCAUUACUGGUGAUGCCAACAUCUCGCUAGACGAGGUUGGUGUCCCUCGCAGUAUCGCCAGGACUCUCACGUACCCAGAAACCGUUACACCAUACAACAUUAGCAGGCUUCACCAACUCGUCCAGAAUGGUCCCAACGAGCAUCCUGGUGCCAAAUACGUCAUUCGCUCAGACGGAACCCGCAUCGAUCUAAAGCACCACAAGCGUGCCGGCGCCAUUAGUCUCGAAUAUGGUUGGAAGGUUGAGAGACAUCUUCAGGACGGUGAUUACAUCAUCUUCAACCGUCAGCCAUCUUUGCACAAGGAGUCUAUGAUGGGUCACAGAGUCAGAGUCAUGCCUUACUCGACGUUCCGCCUCAACCUGUCUGUCACUUCGCCCUACAACGCCGAUUUCGACGGUGACGAGAUGAAUCUUCACGUCCCACAGACUGAAGAGACUCGUGCUGAGGUCAAGGAGCUCUGUCUAGUUCCUCUCAACAUUGUCUCCCCCCAGCGAAACGGCCCCUUGAUGGGUAUUGUGCAAGACACCCUUGCCGGCGUCUACAAGAUGUGCCGUCGUGAUGUUUUCCUGACGAAGGAGCAGGUCAUGAACACCAUGCUCUGGGUUCCUGAUUGGGACGGUGUCAUCCCCAAGCCUGCAAUUUACAAGCCUCGCCCUCGCUGGACGGGCAAGCAGAUUGCUAGCAUGAUCAUCCCUCGCGAGAUCAGCUUGUACACCAAGCCUGAUCCGAAGAAGGAUCCUCAUGGCGCAUGGUUCCCCAAGGCAGACGACGGAAUUCUGAUUCAGUCUGGAGAGCUUCUGUUUGGUCUUCUCACCAAGAAGAACGUCGGUGCUGCUAGUGGUGGCAUUGUUCAUCUUUGCUACAACGAGCUGGGUCCCGAAGGUGCCAUGGCUUUCCUCAAUGGUUGCCAGCGAGUCAUCAACUACUGGCUCCUCCACAACGGCUUCAGCAUUGGUAUCGGUGACACCAUCCCCGACAAGGAUACGAUCAUCAAGGUUCAGGAGCACAUCGACGACCAGAAGAGCGAGGUCGCCAAAUUCGUCGCUCUCGCCACGGCUGACAAGCUCGAGCCCAUGCCGGGUAUGAACAUCCGAGAGACAUUCGAGAGCAAGGUGUCAGCUGCCCUGAACUCUGCUCGUGACAAGGCUGGUAGAUCAGCUGAAGACGGCUUGAAGGAUCUCAACAACGCCGUAACCAUGGCUCGAUCUGGUUCCAAGGGCUCUGCCAUCAACAUCUCUCAGAUGAGCGCGCUCGUCGGACAGCAGAUUGUUGAAGGCAAGCGCAUUCCCUUCGGCUUCAAGUACCGCACACUCCCUCACUUCACCAAGGAUGACUAUUCUCCUGAAGCUCGCGGAUUCGUCGAGAAUUCCUACUUGCGUGGUUUGACACCAUCGGAAUUCUAUUUCCACGCCAUGGCCGGUCGUGAGGGUCUGAUUGAUACUGCGGUCAAGACUGCCGAGACCGGUUACAUCCAGCGACGUCUCGUUAAGGCGCUUGAAGACGUCAGCGCUCGGUAUGAUGGAACUGUCCGCAACUCUCUCGGUGAUAUCAUCCAGUUCAUCUACGGCGAGGACGGUCUGGAUGCCAUGUGCAUCGAGAAACAGACUAUGGAUCACUGGGUAGUCAGCGAUGCUGAGUUCGAGAAGCGGUAUCGCCUUGAUGUUAUGGAGAACACUCGCUCUGGUGCUUUGGACACGCUGGAGUACGCGCAAGACAUUAUUGGCGACCCAUCCGUUCAGGAACUGCUAGACAGCGAGUUCGAGGCGCUCUCUGAGGAUCGUGAGUUGCUUCGUAGAAUCAAGGACGGUGCCGAGAAGCUGGACACAGACUUCCAGCUGCCACUCAACACUGGUCGUCUCAUUGAGUCAGCGAAGAAGCUUCUGAAGGUUGACGGCACCAAGCGGAGCAACCUGACCCCACAGGACGUCAUUCCUGUCGUCAAGGACAUGCUCGACAGAAUGAUUGUCGUCCGUGGCUCUGAUCCCUUGUCGCUUGAGGCUGACAAGAGCUCGAGUCUUUUGUUCAAGGCUCUCUUGCGUGAGCGUCUCUGCUUCAAGCGUCUUGCUUGCAUGCAUCGCCUGGACAAGAUAGCGCUUCGUCACGUCCUGGGCGAGCUCGAGAACCGCUGGUCAAGAUCUAUGGUCAACCCCGGUGAAAUGGUUGGUGUACUGGCUGCCCAGUCUAUUGGAGAGCCCGCCACUCAGAUGACACUGAACACCUUCCACUUCACGGGUAUCUCGUCCAAGAACGUGACACUUGGUGUCCCCCGUCUCAAGGAGAUUCUCAACGUUGCCAGCAACAUCAAGACACCCUCAAUGAUUGUCUUCAAGGAGGGUGGCGCUGGCUCCAAGGAGGAGCUGUUUGGUCUCCGCAGUGUCGUCGAGCACACCAACCUGCGCUCAGUCACAGCUGUUACCGAGGUCCACUAUGACCCUGACAUUCAGUCGACCACCAUCGAGGACGACAUGGACAUGGUCGAGUCGUACUUCCUGAUUCCUGAUGAGGCUCACGAGUCCAUCGACAGACAGUCUAGAUGGCUUCUUCGAUUCGUUCUUGACCGUCAGAAACUUCUUGACAAGGAGCUUACGGUCGAGGAUGUCGCUCAGCGCCUGAAGGAGGACUACGCGGCCGAUCUUGCAGUCAUCUACAGUGACAACAACGCCGCCGAGCAAGUCAUUCGUGUCCGCUCAUUUGUGCAGGACAAGGACGGCGAGGACAAGGCUGUCGAGGACGAUGUUAUGCUCAAGCGUCUUUCAGACCAUCUCUUGGAGAAUUUGACCCUCCGUGGUGUCAAGGGCGUCGAGAGAGCUUUCUUGACCCCUGGCAAGAGGACCUCGAAGACUGAGGGUGGUGCCCUGGUCCAGGACGGUGGCAAUCCAGACUGUGUCGAGUGGUUUUUGGAUACACAGGGUACCUCUCUGCGCCAGGUUCUGUGCUGCCCCGGCGUCGACCCUGUCCGCACCACGACCAACGAUCUUUGGCAGUGUGUCGAGGUAUUUGGUAUCGAGGCUGCUCGGCUCGCUUUGCUCAACGAGCUGCGCCGAGUCUUGGCUUUCGACGGUUCAUACGUCAACGAAAGACAUCUUGCGCUGCUAGUCGAUGUCAUGACUUACAGAGGUAGCAUCGCGGCUGUCACUCGCCAUGGUAUCAACAGAGCCGACACCGGUGCGCUCAUGCGUUGUUCGUUCGAGGAGACGGUCGAGAUUCUGCUCGAGGCUGCUGCCACGGGUGAGCUGGAUGACUGCCGUGGUAUUUCUGAAAACGUCAUGCUCGGCCAGCUCGCUCCUAUGGGCACAGGGCAUUUCCAGGUCUACCUCGACCCGAAGAUGCUCGAUACUGCGUUUGUGGACAACUCGAGGACGUUCAUGCAGGGCAUGUCGAUGAAGGGCAAUCAGGCCGAAGGUGCUGCGACACCCUACGAUACUGGAUCGCCUAUGGCAGACUCUGGCUACGGCUUGAGCCUGGCUUCGCCGUCGAUGGGCUUGGGCAACUUCUCCCCCAUCGUCUCUGCCGGAUCAGACAACCCGUCUGGCUUCGGUACCGAGUACGGCGGUUUUGGUGGAGGCGCCAGCCCUUACGGUGGCCGCAGCCCUGGAGCAACAAGUCCCUUCUCCGGAGGUGCUUCUCCCAGCUCUCCUUUCAGCAGCUUUGGUGGCGGCUACUCGCCCUCAUCUCCUGGAGGUGGUUACUCGCCUACGUCGCCGCUUAUUGGAGGCAACUAUGCCAGCUCUCCUCGGUUCAGCCCCUCGUCGCCCUCGUUCUCCCCGAGUUCGCCCCAGUUUGGUGGCACUAGCCCUACCAGCCCGAGCUACAGCCCGACUUCGCCAAGCUAUUCGCCUACUUCACCUGCCGCAACGUCCCCUCGUCACUACUCGCCCACUUCUCCAGCUAUGAACUCCCCGACAUCGCCCAGCUACUCUCCGACGAGUCCCAGCUACAGUCCUACCUCGCCGAACCUGCACGGUGCGACUUCGCCGUCGUACUCGCCAGUGUCGCCGUCGUAUUCUCCAACUUCGCCCUCGUACUCGCCUACGAGCCCCAACUUCAGGACGUCGGGAGGUGCUCAACAGAGCCCUACCAGUCCUCAGUACUCGCCUACAUCUCCUCAGUGGUCUCCUAAGACUCCUGGGCCUGCUGGCAGUACUUCUCCCAAAUACUCUCCCACUUCUCCCAAGAACGACUAA